AUGUCGACUCCGAUUCAUGAGCAGGCAGAGCCUAAGAUGCAUAACAAUACAAGACGUUCAUCAGAAGAAGAGAGGACUGCCGUUGGAGAUGAAGCAGCCAAUGGUGAUGGCCUCACCAAGAAGGUCACGUCGGAGUCUGCCGAGUAUUUCGAGCAGGGCAGAUCGGCAGCCUCAAAGACACGGGAGAGGAACAAUCGAUUGGGAGAUGAUCUAGCGCUCUUACAAGCAGAAAGAAUUGCUUCACACGCCGUCGAGAGACAAUCUGGAGAAACAGAGCACAACAUGCAUCGCUCGAGAACACGUGGAAAUGAGCCUGUUGACGAGUUCGAUGCUGCGACAAAUCCAGUCCACGAACGGACACAGCUUUACAAGCCACCAGAGAAGCCCUCGAACAAGUUCGCACAAUUCUUCAAGUACAUCCAUCAUUCAAUCUUUAUCGUUAGGUACUUUAUGUACAUCGUGCCACUGGUCGCUUUGAUUCUUGUUCCCUUGCUCCUCGGAGCCCUUGCCUUCCCUAAUGCACAUGUUGGUGGAGUACAGCUGGUCUGGUUCUCUAUAUGGCUCGAAAUCGUCUGGCUUACUCUCUGGGCUGGUCGUAUUGUUGCUAAAUGCAUUCCCUGGCCUUUGGGCCUUAUCUCCAGCCUGUUCACAAAUAACUCCAAGAAAUGGCGUGAUCUAGGCAAACAGCUAGAAGUACCUGCCACCCUCUUCUUCUGGUGGCUUGGUAUUGAGAUCUCGUUUCUGCCGACCAUGAAGAAUCAUUCGAUUGAUGGAAACAAAGAAACGCGAGAUUGGCAGCGGACAAUGAACAAGAUAAUUAUCUCGGUCUUCGUCGGCUUUAUUCUUAACUUUAUCGAAAAGAUCCUCAUUCAAUUGAUCGCUAUCAGCUUUCAUCUUAGAACGUACGCGGAUCGAAUUGAUAUCAACAAAUUUCAGAUCGGCAGCCUCACGAAGCUCUAUCAAUAUUCGAAGCAGAAGAUCGUGGUUGACGAUUCAGAGUUUGAAGGAGAGGAAAGAAAAUCGGGUCCUGCGUCAGGCGCGCGUACACCUGCUAUCUAUGCCGAAAAGGCCACAAGGGCAGCCAAGGAAGCCUUUUCUAAAGUCGGCGAUGUUGCUGGAACAGUGGCAGAAGACUUUACCGGCAAAACUGUGGUCAAGUCCUCGCAUCCGCAUCAAGUCAUCCUUCAGCUGCUGAACACCACAGGCGGUAGCCAAGUGCUUGCUCGACGAUUGUAUCGGACUUUUGGACGCGAAGGAUUCGACACCGUCUUCCCUGGUGAUCUCAAAUGUGCUUUCGAGACAGAAGAAGAGGCCGAGGCAGCAUUCAGCAUGUUUGACAAGGAUAUGAAUGGCGACAUUUCCAUGGAAGAGCUCGAAGCCGUCUGUGUCGAAAUUGGACGAGAACGUAAGUCAAUCACUGCUUCGCUCAAGGACCUAGAUUCGGUCGUGUCGAAACUCGACGAUGUCUUCGUAUUCAUCGUUGUCGUCAUCACGCUACUUGUGUUCUUAUCACUCAUUUCGACAUCUGCGGCUGGCGUUCUGACAUCUGCCGGGUCCACUCUCCUGGCUCUGUCGUGGCUCUUCGCGGCUACUGCUCAGGAAUUCUUGCAAUCGGUCAUCUUCGUCUUCGUCAAACAUCCAUUUGAUGUUGGGGAUCGAGUCUCGAUCUAUGGCAAUACAGGUGCUACCCUCCAAGGUGACGACUACUUCGUCAAAGAGAUUGCUCUUCUCUAUACCGAAUUCAAGAAGAUGGAAGGUCACAUCGUCCAGGCCCCUAAUUCCUACCUCAACACCUUGUUCAUUCUAAAUAUGCGAAGAUCUGGUGGACUGGCUGAGGCGCUGCCUAUUGUCAUUAGGUUUGGCACCACUCUUGAGCAAAUUGACGCUCUUCGUCAAAGUCUGCUGGAUUUUGUCAAGGCUGAGAAGCGAGAAUACCAAGGCAACAUUCUGACGGAGCUUCGAGAAGUCAAAGAGGCUUAUUCGCUAACGUUGAACGUUGUCUUCUUCUACAAAUCUAACUGGCAAAAUGAGCUUCUUCGUCUCCAACGACGAAACAAAUUCAUUUGCGCACUCAUGGUUGCGAUGCAGGACAUUGGUAUUGAAGGGCCUCGCCGCAAUAUCCCUGGGGCAAAGGUCGACCUGCCAUACUACGUUCAGUAUCCUGGAGGAGAUUCUUCAAGCUUUGCCUCGAAUACGGAAAGUGGUCUCGGUCCCUCGGCUACAUCGACCUCUGAUCAUCAGGCACCAUUUGUGGCUCCUGCGAAGAUGAAUAGCCUCCAUUCCAAGCCAAGUAUCAGCCGUACUGCAUCUGGUACCGAUAGCAGGCCACGAGGCGAAUCGGUUUCUGCAAUGGCUAAGCGAGUCGACUUUUCGCUCGGGAUGCAAGACGUCAGCUCUGGUGAUCUUAUGUCGGGUGACCUAUUUGACGAUCGUUCUCGCUCCCGUCUACCUCCUGCAGCCCGCAAUGCUGGGGCAGAUCGCAUCGAUGAAGAAGAAGAAUCAGAUUACGCGCAGACAACAGGUCGGAAAACGAGCCAUGAAAGUCACCGUCAUAUGCACAGUAGUGUUGUCAGACGUUCGACAUCAGCAAGCAGCAAUACAACGCACCACAAUCGAUUCUUUGACCGACUGGGUCGAGUUGGCACACGACAAUUUGAAUCUAAUCGUACAGCAGAACCCGACCUGAUGGAGCAAGGACGGUUGGAUCCACGAUCUAGCACCUCUCAAAAUCAAGCUGUUCUCGAAGAUACACAAACCACGUCUGGUGGUUUGUCUCGCAGUCAGACUGAAGACUUUGAACUGAGGCGGAUGCGUUGA